CAUCAUUUCAAUAAUAGAAUGUCAUAUCUAAUGUUUUAGCAUAUUCAAUAUAUUGUAACCUAGUGGAAAACAUUUUUUCACAUGUCAAUUUUUUCCAAAUAUGCUAAAUUCAAUUUGAGUAAUCACGUCUUUCAUUUUUUAUGAGAAAUUGUAAUAAUGUAAUUUUAUUACUGUUAGAAUUGGAACAUUGGGAACUCAUGUAAAAUUUGGUUGGGCCUUCUAAUGCUUCUAUGCAUUUGUUUGAAUUGCUACACUUCUAAGAUAUGAGAUCUACUGGAGAGGCACAAGGCCACCAAUGCGAAAAAGUCACUCUAAAACAAGAAGUCAUGAUCUACAUGACCGAAAUAAAUACUUAAAGGUGACUGAUAAUUACAAAAUUUAUGCCACUGCUGUUAAUAAUAAUAACUAUGAUACAACGCUUGGAUGGGAAUUUGAUAUUCAAUAUCAUGCACCUUUUUGAAUAGAUCUCAUAACUUAGAAGUGUAUCACCAUAACUUUAAAAAUUCAAACAAGCCCUUUUAAUAUUACCCAUACCAUGGUCGUAUUCAUGUACCACACAAUUACUCAAAUACAAAGGAAUCAAGGCAAAUUUUCUAGCCUAAUAUUGACAUCAAAUCUCACUCCAUUCAAGCAAUACUUGUAGGUUUAUUAGCUUCCCAUGUUAUAUAGUCAGCAUAGAUUCCUCCAUAACGAAGCUCCACUUGUGGCAGUAGUUCUAGCUUUAUUGGCUCCCAAUGUUAUAUACAAUAAUCAGCAUAGAUUCCUUCAUUAUGAAGCUCCACUUGGAGCAGUAGUUUUAGCUUUAUUGGCUCCCAAUGUUAUAGACAGUAGUCAUCAUAGAUUCCUUCAUUAUGAAGCUCCACUUGUGGCAGUAGUUCUAGCUUUAUUGGCUCCCAAUGUUAUAUACAGAAGUCAGCAUAGAUUCCUUCAUUAUGAAGCUCCACUUGGAGCAGUAGUUGUGGGUUUAUUAGCUCCCCAUGUGAUAUACAAUAGUCAGCAUAGAUUCCUUCAUUAUGAAGCUCCACUUGUGGCAGUAGUUCUAGCUUUAUUGGCUCCCAAUGUUAUAUACAGAAGUCAGCAUAGAUUCCUUCAUUAUGAAGCUCCACUUGGAGCAGUAGUUGUGGGUUUAUUAGCUCCCCAUGUUAUAUACAGUAGUCAGCAUAGAUUCCUUCAUUAUGAAGCUCCACUUGUGGCAGUAGUUCUAGCUUUAUUGGCUCCCAAUGUUAUAUACAGUAGUCAUCAUAGAUUCCUUCAUUAUGAAGCUCCACUUGGAGCAGUAGUGGGUUUAUUAGCUCCCCAUGUUAUAUACAGAAGUCAGCAUAGAUUCCUUCAUUAUGAAGCUCCACUUGGACCAGUAUUUGUGGGUUUAUUAGCAUCCCAUGUUAUAUAGUCAUCAUAGAUUCCUCCAUUAUGAAGCUCCACUUGGAGCGGUAGUUGUGGGUUUAUUAGCUCCCCAUGUUAUAUAGUCAGGUUUUGUAGCAGCUUUGUAUUCAUCUAUCAACUGCUGCAAGCAUUCCCUUGAUUCAUCAAACUCAUCAAGAUUGUCCUUGAAAAUGUCUUCUUUCUUGAACUGAUCCAUGAAAGCCUCACGUUUCCUCAGCUUGUCAUAAUGUGAAAGAGUUCUUUCAAAUAGGUUGGCAAUGCUGGUGUGAUUGGCUAACAUAAGUCCACUAACUCUGUGUGAGGAUUGAAUGUAUGGGGACUUUCUUGAAAGGGCCACCUGGAUACUAGCUGGACCCCAUGGAAUAAACUGUGCAAGUCUUCUCUCUCUUAUUCUCUGUAAACU